UGAUGAUGCUUUGAAGUAAUUGAAAAUAAUGUCGCAGUAAAUGUAAUUCAAAACACUUACACGGAGGAUUUCUGAAUAUCUUUAGUAGGAACCAAGUAACAUGGACAACGUUUCCUUCCAGGGAGGACAGUUUUAGCGACGCAACUAUUAUAAGUAGCAGUGUGAAGUGUGCAUUAGAAGGUGUUACGGGUUCAUGAUCAUUAUAAAGUACGGUACGUCAAUCGUGAUGAACAACUCAUUUUUGUGGAGGACAGAUUUGUGUAAAUAAAUUUUUGUAAUUAAGACCAUGGCCCGUGUGGUGAAGGUCUUGAGAACUCUGCGAAAUCACUGGAAGAAAUCAACCUUCGCGUUUUGUGUUCUGUCAUACGGAGGACACUGGCUCUACGGAAAACAUUGUGACAGCGUACUACGAAGGGAGGCUUGUCUCGAGGCCCGGGAAUUCGGCCGUCAGCUCAUAUUACCGCAGGAGCAGCUGAAAAAAGCCACUGUCAUUCUUAAUCCCGCCGCUUGCAAUGGGAAAGCUAACAAACUGUUUGAGAAGAACGCGGCCCCGAUCUUGCACCUGGCUGGGGUUCAGGUGACACUUGUUAAGACAGACUAUGAGGGUCAGGCCAAGAAGUUGUUGGAACUUCUGGAACACACUGACAUGCUGAUUGUUGCUGGGGGAGAUGGAACCUUACAGGAGGUUAUUACCGGUCUGCUCCGACGAAAUGACCAAGAUUCCUUCCGGAAAAUUCCCAUAGGAUUCAUUCCCCUGGGCUCCCAGAAUUCCUUGAACCAGAGUCUGUAUUUGCCGACGGACAACCUUGUGAAAAGCAUCACAUCAGCUGCGCUGUCGAUCCUGAGGGGGGAGACGAUGCCUCUGGAUGUUCUGCAGAUCAAGGGAGAGAAGGAGCAGCCUGUGUUUGCUCUGCUGGGAGUUCGCUGGGGCGCCUUCAGGGAUGUGUCCACCUCCAUCAGCAAGUAUUGGUAUUUGGGUCCUUUGAAGACAAAAGCGGCGCACUGGUUCAGCACGCUAAGGGAGUGGCCCCAGAACAAACAGGUGUCCCUCUCUUACUUGGGUCCGACCCCCCGCCCCCCAGACGAGCCCACAGAAAAGCCCCCCCGGCCCCCACUGCUUAACCGCAUCAUCCGCCGACUGAGGCUUUACUGGAGCCCCGCGGUGGAAGAGCCUCCCCGGGAGGAGGAGCCGGAGGUCUGGGUGCAGGAGGAGGUCAGCACGGCAGAGCUGUCAAUCAGCACGCUCAACAGGAACCCAGCGCUGGAGCGUCCUCAGGACUCCAUGCUGGUGUGUAUGGAGCCCGACACUCUGACUGUGGGAGAGUUCAUCACCAUUGGAACUGAGAAGACAGGGGACGGGCGUCUGUGCUCAGCCCGGGGACAGCAGGUUCAGGCGAGCGUGUGCAGAAUCGGCCUGCCUAAGGAGGGCGCCAGUUUCUAUAACAUCGAUAACGAGCAGUAUGAGGCUAUGGCUGUGGAGGUGAGGCUCCUGCCACGGAAGCUGCGCUUCUUCUGCAGCGCCGAGCGGAGGGACCAGCUGCUGUCGGAGCCACACUGAGCAGCGGGGGGGUGGGCUGUCGCUGCCCCCCCAGCGUUAAGGGGCCCUGGCCCCCCGGAGCAGGCCUGGGAGGUCCAGAGGCGCCGGGGCCGUAGGGUGACGGACUGUCACCGAUUCACCCGCUUUCAUCUGGAAAUAAAAUCAAACCAAUAAAACAUGAACUACUUAA